AUGCGCCCUCCACACUGCAACCUGGCCCCGCUGCUGUUCAACUUGUUAUUUGCCGCGAUGCUCAUGGUCGCCGUGGUCGAGUUCGACAAGGACCCCAAGGUGACGGCGGACAUGGUCCAGAUCGGGGCACAAGUGGAGUACACGGGCAAGAAGGGCAGGUCGACGUGGAAGAAGACGACGGUGGUGAUGGACGCGGAGGCCUUGUGGGCCAUGUCCUACGCUGACGACGCGGCCAUCGUCUCGCGCUCGUCCGAGAGUCUCGAGAAGAUGAUGUCGGUCAUCGUGCGCGUGGUCGGCCUGUUCGGACUGAUGGUAUCGGAGCCAAAGACGGAGAUCAUGUGCAUGCUGCCGAAAGGGAUCGAGGAACGCCCGUUCACGGAGCGAUGGCGGGGGGCGUGGGAUACCGGGGCGGGCAAGAGAGCGACUGAGUGUCUCGUCUAUCUAGGAGAGGACCUCGUGGCCUUCAACAUGGGAGCCGAAAACGAAGGGGGGAAAUGGAACGAGAGCGCCAAGGACCCGGAGGUGUGGUACAACAAGGUCGAGGACGGGGCGGCAUGGCUCACGAGGAAAUGGCACAGGCAGGACGCGGAAGAGUCCGCGAAGCGCCAGCGCGCGAGGGAAGCAGAAGCAGAGAGUACGGCCAUUUCAGGACCGAAGAGAAAGAGAGUCGGGGACGCGGCGGUGGGGGGGAAGAAACGGCGACCGGGCACUACUGUAGAAGCGAGUAGGGCGGCCGAGGCAGCACUUGUGGCGAACAAUGUACCCGGCUGA